AUGGCUGAGAAACGAAAACACUUACCCGAGGAUGUUGUGGAAUACUUCCUUUUCCCGACUUUACCAGAAUCGUUGAAUAAGUCAGAAGUUAAAAAAUAUUUGGAGGAACUGUUGGAUUCGUACCUGGCAUUUGUUAGUCCUCUAGUCGUCGAUUACAUUUGGCAGAACGACCCGUUCUCACUGGUAGCGACAACUGAAGGUGAUCUUCCUGCCCACCUGUACGGAAGAACAAGCUUUGGAGAUAACAUUGAUGAUGAAUGGUUUAUCGUUUACCUGCUGUUCAAGUUAACCAAACAGUUCUCUGGGCUUAUUGCCAGGGUGGUAGAUAAUGAUGAGGAGUUUAUGUUGAUUGAAGCUGCUGAAGUUCUCCCCAAAUGGAUUGACCCUGAGACUGUUGAAAACAGAGUAUACAUUUACAAUGGACAACUACAGAUCAUCCCAUUGCCCCAGUCCCCGUCUGAUAUCACAAGUCUGCCAGGUGCGCUGCCGUCCAUCAGUGAUGCAGUCCAGUGUGUGCGGUCCUGCUCCGCAGCCACCGUAGCGUCGGCCAGUAUACAGCAGGCCAUACAGACUCGGAUCAAUGAGUUUCCAGCUAAAACCAAAGAAAACGUUCACUAUGCACACUGCUACAUCCCUGCCAACCUGGCAGCUAUCUUGGAAAAAAGACCCCAUUUGGUUUCCUCCGGGGUGUUAGCUUUCUACUACAGAGAUCCUAUCGACCUUCGGUCAUGUCGAACUAUGCAAUACUUUCGACCAGGGACAAGAGUGAUCUCAAGGGUGAAGUUCACACGAUGUCUGUAUGCUCAGCUGAUGCAGCAGAAAUUUCAGCCAGACAAGCGCAGUGGCUGGGUCUUACCUAGUACUCUCAAUCCCAAGUACAAAGCACAUGAUCUAGGCAUGAAGCUGGCCCAUGGCUUUGAGAUUCUGUGUGCAAGGUGCUCUUCUAACCGAACUAAAGAAGGCAACGUCAAACGUAGUCCUGAGGACAGUGAUGUACGGUGGAACCGAUACCUACAAUCUCUCACAGAGCGUGGUUUCUUCAGGGGGGAAAUAGAGGGAUCCAAGCUUUACAAACAGUUACUAAGUGAUGCCAGGCAGUUCUACACAGACCAGUUAAAGACAGAUCUGAGUGAGGGAAGUUAUAGAAACUUAGGAGGUGAGAUACUCAAACUGUUAGAUUCUGUCCAGUUUGAUAUAGAAGCUAUGAGGAAAGCAGAAACUGAUUUAGCUCCUCCAGAUGAUGAUGGAUGGCUGAAUUUGACACCAGACACCCUGGAUGAGUUAUUGAGGAAGAAAGCUGGUGCAAAUAGUACUGAAAAGUCUUCUGACAGCAAGGAUCCCAUUGACCUUUCCAAGGUCGCUGACAGCAUGAAGGCUUUCGUAGAGAAAAUAUCUGGUGUAGAUGGAGUAGAAAUUCCUGUUGAAGGCGAAGAUGAUGAUGAAGAUGAUAUCCAAUUUGACAGUACAGGGUUUAUAUCAGCCAUGCAGAAAAUGUUUGAAUUUGACGACAACGACAGUGCGUCCAGCUCAGAUAUGAGCGAGUACGGCUGGGAAGACUCAGAUGGGGAUUUUGAUGACCAGCCUCCAAGUGGGAAGCCAUCCAAACAUAAACCUAAGGCUUCUGUGCCGACAGUAAAAGAUUACAUGGACAUGAUGGACCGGGAACUGGCUCCAUCCAAUGUGGGGAAAAGUUUUGAGAGAGAACCACAAACAACAAAUAGUACACAGCCGAACAAGCCAUCAAGCAAUGCAAAGGACACUAACAAGGAUAUUGAGGAUGAGGAUGAUGAUUUCCAGCCGGUCAACAUUGACGUAAAUACUGUAAAGAAUAUGCUGGAGUCCAUUGGAGCACAGCAGGGUCUGGCUGGCCCUGCCUCCAACAUACUGAAUUCUAUGGGCAUCAACGUUCCCCCGCCUGACACUGAGGACUGUGAACAAAUUGAAGCCCCCAUUCCACCUCCCAGAAAGAGGACCCCUAAGCCUACCCCGACCAAAAGGCCAAGUUCAAGGUCAACACCGUCAUCCAUAUCACUGUCCAGCAGCAAUAAUACAGCCCCUGUCAAAAAGGAGACAAACGUCUGAAUAACCUAUCUUCCAUAGAGUGUGAACACUUACUUAUAGAGGGUUUCUCAAAUUAAGAAUUCCAUUUCAUUGUCUGGUAUCAUUAUUGUUUUCCAUAUACACUUGUUUGGAGUGGAACCCAAUUGAAAUAUUUAAAAUCUUAAUGAUUUUGAGACUUAAACUAAAAGUACAGGAACAAAAAGGCAGAUAUAAAUUUAGAUGUAUCCCAGGCAUAAAAAGGUCUGGUUUUCAGAUAAAAGGUCUGGUUGUCAGAUAAAAGGUCUGGUUGUCAGAUAAAAGGUCUGGUUGUCAGAUAAAAGGUCUGGUUGUCAGUGAAACUGCUGACCACUUGUUUCUACACUAUCCCAGAUAACAGAAACAGCCUAGUUACAAAAUGUAGUACCUUCACACAUGUGUGGUGGAUCAUACCUAUACACAGGUGUGGUGGAUCAUAUCUACACAGGUGUGGUGGAUCAUACUAUCACUCAGGUGUGGUGGAUCAUACCUAUACACAGGUGUGGUGGAUCAUACCUAUACCCAGGUGUGGUGGAUCAUACCUACACCCAGGUGUGGUGGAUCAUACCUACACACAGGUGUGGUGGAUCAUAUCUACACACAGGUGUGGUGGAUGAUACCUACACUCAGGUGUGGUGGGUCAUACCUAUACACAGGUGUGGUGGAUCAUACCUAUACACAGGUGUGGUGGAUCAUACUGUCACUCAGGUGUGGUGGAUCAUACCUACACUCAGGUGUGGUGGAUCAUACCUAUACACAGGUGUGGUGGAUCAUACCUAUACCCAGGUGUGGUGGAUCAUACCUAUACACAGGUGUGGUGGAUCAUACCUAUACACAGGUGUGGUGGAUCAUACUGUCACUCAGGUGUGGUGGAUCAUACCUACACUCAGGUGUGGUGGAUCAUACCUAUACACAGGUGGGGUGGAUCAUACUGUCACUCAGGUGUGGUGGAUCAUACCUAUACACAGGUGGGGUGGAUCAUACCUAUACACAGGUGGGGUGGAUCAUACCUACACUCAGGUGUGGUGGAUCAUACCUUUACAUGCUCUAACAUGCUAGAGAAUUACACAGCAAGAAAUUUAUGAUGGAUACCUUGUCGUAGUCAGCACAAUAUUGUCUGAUAAUACAUUGGCCAAUCAGCGGCCUCUCAUUCUAUAUGAGUAGGUUACACACAAAGCUUAUGUGACCUUAAAAGCUAUUUUUGUAGAGUAGAUAUAAUAGCAUAUUAGUCUGAACGUUUAACACCUGUUUCUUGUUUUGAUAUGGUACAUAAGUAGCCUUCUAAUCUUUAGUCACAUCAUCAUAUUGAUUAUUACACCUACAGACGCUGUGUACAUAAUUAAACAGACAGACGCUGUGUACAUAAUUAAACAGACAGACAGACGCUGUGUACAUAAUUACACCUACAGACGCUGUGUGGAUAAUUAAACAGACAGAUGUUGUGUACAUAAUUAAACAGACAGACAGACGCUGUGUACAUAAUUACACUUACAGACACUGUGUACAUAAUUAAACAGACAGAUGUUGUGUACAUAAUUACACAGACAGACAGACACUGUGUAGAUAAUUAAACAGACAGACGCUGUGAUGAUAACACAGACAGACGCUGUGUAGAUAAUUACACAGACAGACAGAUGUUGUGUACAUAAUUACACAGACAGACAUAUGUUGUGUAGAUAAUUACACAGACAGACAGAUGCUGUGUAGAUAAUUACACAGACAGAUGUUGUGUAGAUGAUUACACAGACAGACAGAUGUUGUGUAGAUAAUUAGACAGACAGAUGUUGUGUAGAUAAUUACACAGACAGACAGAAGCUGUGUAGAUGAUAACACAGCUAGACGCUGUGUAGAUAAUUACACAGACAGACAGAUGUUGUGUAGAUAAUUACACAGACAGACAUAUGUUGUGUAGAUAAUUACACAGACAGACAGAUGCUGUGUAGAUGAUAACACAGACGGACGCUGUGUAGAUAAUUACACAGACAGACAGACGCUGUGUAGAUAAUUACACAGACAGAUGCUGUGUAGAUAAUUACACAGACAGACAGAUGCUAUGUAGAUAAUUACACAGACAGAUGCUGUGUAGAUAAUUACACAGACAGAUGCUAUGUAGAUAAUUACACAGACAGACAGAUGUUGUGUAGAUAAUUACACAGACAGACAGACAGACGCUGUGUAGAUGAUAACACAGAUAUUGUGUAGAUGAUUACACAGACAGAUAUUGUGUAGAUGAUUACACAGACAGACAGAUGCUGUGUAGAUAAUUACACAGACAGACAGACGCUGUGUAGAUGAUAACACAGAUAUUGUGUAGAUGAUUACACAGACAGACGCUGUGUAGAUGAUUACACAGACAGAUGCUGUGUAGAUGAUAACACAGAUAUUGUGUAGAUGAUUACACACACAGAUAUUGUGUAGAUGAUUACACAGACAGAUAUUGUGUAGAUGAUUACACAAACAGAUAUUGUGUAGAUGAUUACACAGACAGAUAUUGUGUAGAUGAUUACACAGACAGAUGCUGUGUAGAUGAUAACACAGAUAUUGUGUAGAUGAUUACACAGACAGACAGACGCUGUGUAGAUGAUAACACAGAUAUUGUGUAGAUGAUUACACAGACAGAUGCUGUGUAGAUGAUAACACAGAUAUUGUGUAGAUGAUUACACAGACAGAUGCUGUGUAGAUGCUAACACAGAUAUUGUGUAGAUGAUUACACAGACAGAUAUUGUGUAGAUGAUUACACAGACAGACAGACGCUGUGUAGAUGAUAACACAGAUAUUGUGUAGAUGAUUACACAGACAGAUAUUGUGUAGAUGAUUACACAGACAGAUGCUGUGUAGAUGAAGAUAGACACUUACAAUCUAGGUUUGUUACAGUCUAAGUUCAUGGUUGUAAAAGAGUACCAGAUCUCAAUCAGCUAUAUGAUUAUAAAUGUAUUAGAUUGAAUCCGUCAGUUGUGAACCUAUUAUUGUUUGUAUAUUCAUUGAAAUUAACAAAGUAUUGAGUAAAAUACAGUGUUUUAUAGAUAUUUAACUAAUGUUAAAUUGAUAAUGACAAUAUGUCAUAUAAAUAGUCAUGUGUUACAGUGCUCAAAUAUAUAAAGCAUUAUAUAUAAUACAGUACAACCUUAUGUCAAUUCUUAAAUAUCUCCAUACCCCUAUUACAUUUCUUAAAACAAUUUCUUAUAUUGUCUCAUUCAGGAUAUUGCCAAACAUUCAAAGACUGCCAAAAUUUCUCUGAACAAAUGUUAUAACAAGGAUUAAUUAAUGCAGUUGUCAUUUUUUACUCAAAUACUGUUCUGUUUCCCUAAUUUUUUUGGAAUUUGCUCACAAUAGAAAUCCAUAUCUCUUCAGUUUUGAGGUAUGAUACAGUGAAAACAUUUUGUCUAGAUUAUCUGUACACAGGGAAAUGUGUUGUGAUACUUUGCAUGUUUUAUUUUUUGUUGAUGAUGCGUCUACUGUAAAAGUGCAGAUUUUGGUGCGUGAAUAUUUACAUUUUGACACAGUAAACUAGUCUUGGCAUGGAAAUUAGCUUGUAAUUUGUUAUUAGUAUUGCUGAAAUGUAUUUUCAUGGCACUAAUGACAGACCUAUCAUAUGUGUCUGUAUUGUGUAAUUAAAUAUAAUAAGGAAACUACAUAUUUCCUGGUUAUAUGGCCAAAUGUUACUGUAAAUCACUUAUGUUUUAUGUGGGAUUAAUUUUCGCAUUAUUAUGCGAGGAGAGUAAAUCACAAAAUCAAAGACAUUGUGAUUGUUUGUACAAAGUUAACACCUUUGGACGGCGACCAAGCUAUCAGUUACCAAUAUAGGUAUCUUGUUUGUACAAAGUUAACACCUUUGGACGGCGACCAAGCUAUCGGUUACCAAUAUAGGAAUCUUGUUUGUACAAAGUUAACACCAUUGGACGGCGACCAAGCUAUCGGUUACCAAUAUAGGAAUCUUGUUUGUACAAAGUUAACACCUUUGGACGGCGACCAAGCUAUCAGUUACCAAUAUAGGAAUCUUGUUUGUACAAAGUUAACACCUUUGGACGGCGACCAAGCUAUCAGUUACCAAUAUAGGAAUCUUGUUUGUACAAAGUUAACACCAUUGGACGGCGACCAAGCUAUCAGUUACCAAUAUAGGAAUCUUGCAGAGUUCAUGACUCUUAAUAGCUCAUCAUUCGUGAAUUAAAAGUUAUUUUUAGAUCAGAGCUUGUGAAAUCAUGUUUUCGCAAAUAUGUCUGAAAAGAUAAGUUCGCAAAAUAAGUAUUCGUGAAAUCAGAGUGAUUUACAUUGCAUAAAAUCAUUAGUUACCAAGUAUGAUUGACAUUCCAUAUGAUUUGGUGGUGUAAAUUGUGUUGUGUAUAUAUUUCCUAUAUUUCCUUUGUAUUGCAAUAUCCAUAUAAUGUAAAAAAAAAAAAAAAAAAAAAAAAACUAAAUCAUGCUGCACAAAUUUUCACUUUCACAGUAGAACUGUUUGUUUUUCUUCCCUUUUACAAUGAGACUAAUCUUGUGAAUAUUUUUGUUUUGUUUUGUUGUGCCAUUCUUUAUUAAGUAUGCAAUAUAUAAUUUUAUUAUUUCUUUUUUAUAUUUUCCCUCCUUGUUGAUGCAUAAUGACUUUGGUAAUGUAAGAAUGAUAUACAUCAUGUCCUUGAUACUCCAGGAUACUCCAGGAGUUCCGUUUACUUUUGAUGGAGAGAGCCAGAGUGAGUGUAACCCCUGGAGUAUCGAGGAUCGACAGAUAUUUAAUAUAUGUUUUCAUCACCCUGAAGUAUUGAGGAUAGACAGAUAUUUGAUAUCUGUUUUCAUCUGUCAAUAUAUCUAUGAAAACGCAAGAUUGAACCAUUUGGUCAAUGGCCAAAAGCAGCAAAGCAAUUAAAGUACUCUGUUAUGCAGAU